GAAUGCAGAAAAAAACUACGGCUCUUCGUGCGGUCAGAAACGCAGCCCACCACGUGGCCGCCUUCAAUGUCUCUAACUCUCUAUGAUUGCUUUCAGGUAGGUCGUUAACAGAUUUUUUUCGAUCGCAGUCCGCAGAGGAGAUUCCUAAGGAAUCUUUCAUUCCCCUCCAAGCAGAUCAUCUCUCCCUCAAAAUCCAUCCUUGAUGUCACACACACAUGUCAGCAAGAUAUCCUACACAGCUGACUGAAACUGAAACGUGUGAAGAAGACAAGGCAAGGCAGUAUGAGAUUUUUGAAUUCUCAGUCCGUUUUCGUUCAACUUCAAAGCUCAUGCUGCUCUGCUAAGCAGACACCGGUUUCAACAUUUGCAUACCUGUCUCAGUCGGCCUCAGCCGCACUCUCUGAGGCUUUUCGUCGAAAACGUCGUGGACAGAGAAAAAUCUUAUCUUCGAUUGAGUCCCCGGAAAUUAGAAGACCGGGGAAGUCAAUUUCGACAAACUCGCGGUCGUCCCCGAGCUCUCUAGAUGAUCCUGUCUCGGACUUAGAUUUGUUCCUUCAUAUAGUGCCUUUGAGGAUGAAGAAUUCGCUUGUUAGGCAUGAAGAAAUCGGGGAGCUAAUUGAGAUAGUCAUGGAUCUGGGUAGGAAUCCGAUCGCACGGUUUCCUUCCGGAGAUUGGGUGAUCUCUGAUCAGCCUGUGAAGCUUGAGGAUCUUCGCUACGCCAUCUCGAAGGUUGGUGAUUUUUCUGAUGACAAUCGUUCGGGAAUUGAUAACACACUGCAUCGCAUAAGCGCUAUACGUAACCGUAAAAUGCAAAUAAUUGGCCUUACAUGUCGAGUCGGUCGAGCUGUAUCAGGAGGUGCUGAGAUCAUAAGAGACUUGAUUGAAGAAGGAGGUUCCAUAUUAGUUAUUGGGCCUCCAGGAGUUGGAAAGACUACGUUAAUAAGAGAAAUAGCUCGAAUGUUGGCCGAUGAACAAAAGAAACGUGUUGUUAUAGUUGACACAUCGAAUGAGAUUGGGGGUGAUGGAGAUGUUCCUCAUUACGGGAUUGGCCUUGCAAGAAGGAUGCAGGUUCCAAAUGUCAACUUGCAACACGAUGUUAUGAUUGAGGCAGUGGAAAAUCAUAUGCCUCAAGUUAUUAUAAUUGAUGAAAUAGGAACAGAACAUGAAGCAUUGGCCGCCAGCACAAUUGCUCAGAGAGGUGUACAGCUUGUUGGAACUGCACAUGGAACCACAAUAGAGAGCAUUAUGAAAAAUCCCUCUUUACAGCUUCUAGUUGGUGGCAUAGAGAUAUCAAUACCAUCUGUCCCUGUUGUGCAUCAAAUUUUCUAAUUUGAUAACAGAGUGUUACUCUUGGUGAUGAAGAAGCAAAGAAAAGAAAAGUGCAGAAAACAAUUCUUGAGAGAAAAGGACCGCCUACAUUUACCUGUGCCAUUGAAAUGAUAUCUAGAAGUGAGUAUCGUGUUCACCAUAGAUUAGAUGCAACUGUGGAUGCCAUUCUUGCAGGAAAAUCUCCAAUCUUUGAAAUUCGUCAGGUGGAAACAGAGGUGAAUACAUCAAUGAAGUCUUAUUCAACUGAUAUAUCUGAACGGACCAACAGCCCAGUUGACAAAGAAGAUAGCAGUAUAGUUCAUAAAGUGGACAGAGGUUAUUAUCUGCACUUUCAGAAUGAAGACAAAGAUGUUAAUUCGGAGGCCAAUGAUGAUGACGAAGAAGAUCAUCCCAAGUUCAAGAAGUUGGCUACAAACGGAACUCUUUGCAAGCGGACCUCACCUCUGUAUGUAUAUACCUACAAGAUUCAGGAAGCUGAUUUAAUAGAAGUAGCAACUGCUAUGGGGCUUGAAGAUGAAAUAGAUACAACUAAUGAUGUAGGUGCUGCAGACGCCAUACUGGUUUCGAGUGCAGAGAUGAAACAGAACCCUUGGAUCCGCAGUGUUGCCAAAUUUUACCAAGUUUCUGUUUUUGUCAUUAAGUCAAAUACAAUGGCACAAAUGGUCAAGGCGGUCCGUAUGAUUCUUUGUCAAUGUUCAAAUCAAUCACUUAAAAGUCCCUUUGGUAUUCAAAUUGAAGAUGAUGCACCAAAAAGAAAACCAAGUCUGGAGGAAAUUGAUGCCUUAGAGGAAGUCCGGCUUGUGAUCGAGUACAUAGUGAUACCUGGUGGAGAGGCGGUGGAGCUUCUACCGAGGCGUUCUGAGAUAGCAGCCAAGCAAGUUAAGCUGGUUCAGAGUUACCAAUUGGCUGUAGAAAAUUCAGGUACAGAAUUGAAUCCCAGGCUGCAAAUCCUUCCUCAAAGACUAAACAAGGCUUCUAUGAAGCCACUCUAAACCUCAAUUAUAGUCUGAAAUAACUUCCGUAUCAUUCAUUCAAUUGGUGGCUAUGGAGGACGGGGUACUGGAGCUGUUGCUGCUCGGCCUCCACUAUUGUGAUAAUUCAAAAUGGUCUCAUAGAUCAAUGUCAACAUGCAGUUAUGUAAAUGUGUACCAAAUUUGUGUAAAAGCUUUUAUUAUUUAAUGCAUUCCUAGAUCAUUCACUGGUUUUUUAGUUACCAAAUUACCAGGAUAAAUCAAAGGCCGUUUGAUGAGGUUAAGUUUGGCUUAAGUAGCCGUAGAAGUUUUUUUUUUUUGAACAUUUUUCUA